UCACACAGUUUUCUCUUUCAUUUUUUCACUCGUGACAUGAGCUGUUCUGUCUGGAGAAGAUGUAACAACAAAGGCAGAAAUACUUUUUCUUCAUGAAAUUCGUGAUGAAGAUAACUGAUAGCACUGGAAUAGGAUUAAUUAAGGAAAUUAGAAUUUGACAGAACAAAACAAAUAUUCCCUGGAGACGUGAAGCUGAGGAUGGCCAUGCUGCAUUUUUGUUCCUCUUUCCCCAAAAUGAAGCAUUCCGCCCAAUACCGAUCAAAAUAAGUAAAUAUGUUGGAGUUUAUCUUUUUCAUUUUGUUCACUCCUGGAGCCAGUGAAUUUCUCUGUACAUCAUCAGAUCUAGAACUAUCGUACGCUUUUUGUGAUUCUUCAGCUCAUUAUUUCAAGUUUAACGUGACACCCUGCAGCAUGCUGAACAGAUCCGUCUGGCAUGCUGCUAUUACCUGGAUUCCAAAAAGCGAUGUCGCCUAUUUGAAGAUAGUCUUCACAGUCUGGUAUGAAGGUGCCAGAGCAUUGCGCUGGAGACAAGUUAUGUGCAGUGGGACUGACGACGAAUAUUCUCUGUGUGGAGGGCUGAAAGGAGAAACGAUUGAAACAGAAUUUGACAUUAAAGGUAAAAGAACAUUGUUUCCAAAGGGAUAUUAUGAUGUUAUUUUACAAGCAUUCCCUGAUGAUUCUGAGCAGAAUACUAUCAUGUGCUUGAACAUCACCAUGAUAGUGAAAAAAGAUGCUUUCUGAAUUCAACAAACAUUUCAAAUAAAUCCAAAGCAUAGAGGCUCCUUCUGCAAACAACUGGAAUCCAUCUUAUGAAACAUAAAGCACUCCAGUUUUCCUGAGGCAAACACAUCAAGUUCUGUUUGGAGAGCAACACGAUGGAGUCUUAUCCAUUUAUAGCACGACUGUGAUCACACACUCAGCCAAUAUAUGCAGCUUCUCUUGGAGCUGAGCAUCCCAGUGAAUCCACAACUGCAAAUGGUCAGACUGAGAACUGCAUUUCAGUGCUGUGCAUUCAGAUACGGAAAAGCCAAGUACUUCAGACUAUGCUAAAUCAAUACAAGAAUUUUUAAGUUUUGAAGUACUAUAAUUAGAAGUAUUCAACUUAAAAUGCAACAGAAUUUCUGUCUCGGAUAAAAAAUGCUUUUCUGUUUUGUUUUGUUUCAUCUAACAAUAAAUUUGUUUGUACAACCAA